AUGCCGACGCCGCUGCCAUUCUUGCUGGUCCUGACCAUGCUCGUUGCUGCUGCCACCGCUGUCACCACCGCUGGACUGGUCACAGGAGCCAGUCUGCCAACACCACUGGAGUCCGGGAGCCACCCAGGCGUCUGCCCAAAUCAGUUGAACCCCCACCUGUGGGUGGAUGCCCAGAGCACCUGUGAGCGCGAGUGUGUGGGGGACCAGGACUGCGCGGCCCCUGAGCGGUGCUGCCCCAACGUGUGUGGCCUGCGGAGCUGCGUGGCGGCUCGCUUUGCCUUCGGAGACCCCACAACAGCCGCUGCCGCCUCGUGCGAGGGCUUUGUGUGUCAGCAGCAGGGAUCUGACUGCGAUAUCUGGGACGGGCAGCCCGUGUGUCGCUGCCGGGAGCGCUGCGGAAAAGAGCCUAGUUUCACCUGUGCCUCUGACGGCCUUACCUACUAUAACCGCUGUUACCUGGACGCCGAAGCCUGCCUUCGUGGCCUGCGUCUGCGCGUGGUGCCCUGCAAGUCGGUGCUGGGCUGGCCCCCCAGCAGCCCAGGGCCCUCCGAGACUCCCGAGACCACUGCGCAACCAACGUCUGGGGCGGCGCCCCAAGUACCCGAACCACCCGCCCUCUAUAACAACCCCUCGCCCCAAGCGGUGGCCGUUGGGGGCACAGCCAGCCUGCACUGCGAUGUCAGCGGGCGUCCCCCGCCCGCCAUCACCUGGGAGAGGCAGAGUGAGCAGCAGGAGAACUUGAUCCUACGACCUGACCAGAUGUAUGGCAAUGUGGUGGUCACCAGCAUCGGGCAGCUGGUGCUGUACAAUGCGCGGCCCGAGGACGCAGGCCUCUACACCUGCACCGCCCGCAACUCCGCGGGUCUCCUGCGCGCAGACUUCCCACUCUCAGUGGUGCAGCGGGGCACCGUCGCCGAAGGGCCCCCUCGUGCACCCAGCGUCCCCACCCAAGACCUGGCCGAGUGCGCUCGCGCGCCAGACGAGCAGCCCUGCGUCGGCCCCUCCACUCCACAGGUGCGCUGGCGCUUCGACCCGCAGCGCGGUGGCUGUAUCACCUUUGCUGCCAGCGGCUGCGAUGAGGGCACACAGGGUGGCUUCGAGACCUAUGAGGCCUGCCAGCGGGCCUGCGCGCCAGGUCCCGGCGACACCUGUGUGCUGCCCGCCGUGCGGGGUCCGUGCCCGGGCCGCGAACCACGAUGGGCCUACAGCCCGCUGCUGCGCCAGUGCCACCCCUUCGUCUACGGCGGCUGUGAGGGCAAUGGAAACAACUUCGAGAGUCGUGAGGCCUGUGAGGACGCCUGCCCAGUACCACGCACGCCGCCCUGUCGUGCCUGCCGCCUGCGCAGCCGACUGGCGCUGAGCCUGUGCCGCAGCGACUUCGCCAUUGUGGGGCGGCUCACAGAAGUGCUGCAGGAGCCGGAGGCCAACGGAGGCGGCGGCAUUGCCCGCGUGGCCCUGGACGACGUGCUCAAGGAUGACAAGAUGGGCCUGCAGUUCUUUGGCACCAAAUACCUAGAGGUGACGCUCUUGGGUGUGGACUGGGCUUGCCCGUGCCCUAACGUGACGGCCGGCGACGGGCCGCUGGUCAUUAUGGGAGAAGUGCGCGACGGCGUGGCCGUGCUGGACGCCGGCAGCUACGUGCGCGCCGCCAGCGAGAAGCGAGUCCGGAAGAUCACAGAGCUGGUGGAGAAGAAGGCCUGUGAACUUCUCAACCGCUUCCAGGACUAG